AUGUCGCCUAGAGUUUGGUUCAUCACUGGCUCUUCGUCCGGUUUCGGGCGCACUGUAACAGAGUACGUCCUCAAGAGCGGUGACAUUGCUGUUGCCACUCUGAGGAACCCAUCCGCGCUCUCCUCCCUCUCGGCCGUAUAUCCCGCGAGCAAGUUGCUCGUCGUCCAGCUCGAUGUUUCGAACACGCCGGCAAUUGCUGUCGCGUUUGCAAAGGCCAUAGAGGCCUUCGGGCGCGUUGAUGUCUUAUUCAAUAAUGCUGGGUACGGCGUCCUGAGCGAGGCUGAGGGAGCGCCGGAAGAAGUCGCGAGGGCUCUGUUUGACGUCAAUUUCUGGGGCGCUGCGAAUGUCAGCAGGGAGGCCGUGCGCAUCUUCCGCGAGGUCAACAGUCCUCCUGGGGGCAGAAUACUGCAGAACGGUGCUACCUCCGUUUUCAAAGGUAUUCCGGUUCUGUCAUACUAUGUGGCAACAAAGACAGCUAUCGACGGCUUCACCAAGUCGCUUGCAGCAGAACUCGAUCCGGAGUGGAACAUCAAGGUCACGAUCAUCGAACCCGGCGCGUUCAACACCGACGCCGCUGAGCGUAGUAUGGUACACCUGCCUGCGCAUCCCGCGUACACCAAGCCGGGCGGGGUAGCGGCGCUCAUGCGCGCACACCUGAUGCAGCCGAACUUGAAGCUGGCCGGGGAUGCGACGAAGGCAGCUGGAGUGAUCUAUAGAGUGGCAGGGAUCCCCGAGCCGCCGCUCCAGUUCCCACUGGGAAAAGAUUGCAUAGUUAUGGUGAGGGGCUUCGUAAAUGGCCUCACCGAGACGAUAGACAAGUAUGAGUCUUGGUCGGAGGGACUGGAGGCUGAUUAG